AUGCAUAGGAAUGAAAAUUUCAACCCUUAUUUUUUCAAAAAAGAUAAUGCUCCAGAUUGUGUGAUGGGUGAGAAUAUAGGUCAUUGUAAACCUGUUGAUGUUGACAUGGCUGAGAAUGAAGCUGAAGAAGUUGAUGUUGCUGAUGAUUUGCCAAAUAUUUUCAAUGAAGAGCAACACUGGAAGGAGAAAAAACCUAUGAAAGGUAUGAGGCUUUGGGGGUCAUGGAUGAGUGACGAUCAGUCUUUCCAGAUCAAGUCUCUUGUAAAUGAGCAUAAUUGUGCUAGGAAUUUCAAUUUUGGCUCAUUUGCCACUUACAUAUGGAUAUGA